CAACAUCUUCUCCGUCAUUUGUUACUAACACGAUUCCCUGUUGUUGUACAAACUCCUCCGCUCACUUUAUUGUGUAUUUUCUAUUGUAACUGUUGUUGUGGCUGUUAGCUUGUUGUCAGCUAGUUUGUUGUUAGCCAGCUUGUUGUUAGAUAGCUUGUUGUCAGCUAGCCUGUUGUUAUCCCUACGUCACUGUCUCAUCCUACUCGGGUCUAAAAACCCGGAUGUGGCCGAAGAUGAAACUUGCUGAAAUCUCAGAUGUUUCUGUUCCUGUCCAUGCUGAUCUUCUUCGGGCCAGUAGAGGGUGGCAGCUCACCAAUCAGCUGCUACAAUGACAAUGGAGAAGCUGUCGACUGGUUCUAUCUGUACAAGCUGCCUAAACAACCCAAGGGGGAAUCUCCCACGAGGGGGGAACUGUAUUUACUGCUGGACAAAGGGAGUGACGGGUGGGCCGACGGGAAGGGGACAGUGAACGACACGACGGGAGCCUUGGGCCGGACGGUCGGACAGCUCUACUCACAGGGAAAGAACACAGAGGUAGCGUAUGUCCUCUACAACGACCAGAGCCCGACUAAGAACCUUGGUGGCAGAUGGAAAGACAACAGCGGGAACGCAGGCGGGCACACGAAAGGUGUUGUGCUGCUGGAUAAGAACCAGGGCUUCUGGUUGGUCCACAGUACCCCUCACUUCCCCCCUGUACGAAAGGCGGGAGAGUUCUACUACCCCGACAGCGGCGUGAACAACGGACAAAACUUCAUCUGCGUUACCUUCCCGCUCGACCGCUUCCAGACCAUCGGCGAGCAGCUGCAGAUCAAUCAGCCUCACGUGUACGACUGUGAUGUCCCAGCGUCCUUGGCGUCCCUGGUGCCUUCGCUGGCUGACCUCUGUGGGAAGAAGCAUCUGUCCCGUCACAUCUUCCCACACGUCCAACCUGUGUCCAACCGCAGCGUGACCUUGACCUCAAAGGGUGGAGACGACUUCCUCAGCUUUGCCAAAGGAGCCUCUUUUAACAAUGACCUGUACCACUCCUGGGUGGCCCCGAGGCUCCAGUCCAACCUCCUGGUCCAGUUCUGGAUCCGCUCCAGGGGCAUCCUCCCCUCCGACUGCUCGCUGGGCUGGAAGGUCCUGGACAUCGAGCUCCUCAGCCCGGGCCAGAGGUUCACGUUCAAGGCCAGCCAGGACCACUCCAAGUGGGCCGUCAGUACCCAGGCAGCCGGGGGGGGCGUCGGGGGAGGCUGGGUGUGCGUUGGAGACAUCAACCGGAACGAGGCGGAGGAGAAGCGGGGGGGAGGCACCGUGUGUCUGCGGAACCCUGUGGUGUGGAAGGCUUACCGGACAGCAGCUUUACAGUGUGAGGACUGUGGAGGAGCCAGCAUCCCGUGCCCGGCUGGAGACGGGGGGGCUCAGGUGGGCGUGAGGAAACGCCCACUAUGAUGCAUCUCACGAGGGCUUUUAGGAGAAAGAGAUCAAAAAAUGUUGUAGUUGGAAAAUGUUACUUCUGCAGCCUCUCAUUCCACAUUUCUUUCAUCAGUUUCUGUGAAAAAUGACGCCUGCUCCUGGGAUUUAGUUUUCAUAUUCAAAGACAAAUCAGUUACCAUAAGAAAACUAAAAACUUUGAUAUUCUAACAGUUCAAAGACGAUUAUUCAGUAAAUACGAGCAGCACAGACCUGGUUCUUGUGUCGUCAUCGAUUGGUUCCAUCCAUAUCCUCUCGUCUGAAGUCAUUUUUAAACUUGUUGCUUUCAAAUGUUCCACAGCGUUCAGUUGUCUCUGUUCUGCUCUUAUUAGAGACGUGUCUGAACUACACACAGUCCCGCUAAUAUGUUCAUCCCACGAUUAUGUGGGUUUAUGGAAAGUGUUGUUUUGUUAAAGGCAACUAACAACAAAUAUUGAAUGUUUAACGAUAAAGAUGAAAACUACUGUUAUUAUCUUAACUCACCUGAAUCAAGCCACACACAACACUGAUGAGAAAGUUUCUAGUCGGAGGCUUGGUUUGUACUAUGUGUGUAAUCACACAUGUUGAUGGGAUUAUGAAUGAGGUUUUCUUAGUUCUGAAGCAGAAGCUGGCAUUUACAGUUUCAUAAUGUCUCUAUAACAUUAAAUAUUCAUGACUACAAACAAAAUUAAAAAACAUUUGGGUAAUUUAUUAAGAGCCAAUCAUGCUAAAACAUCUUAGUAUGGACUGAUUCAUAAUAAGGAGCUUUUAAGUCACAAAAAACAUUUAACUUGUUCAGAAUGAUUUUAAUCUGUUGUAUAAAAUGCUGCUACACUGGAGGAGGAGAAGGAACCAAUCAGAUGGGUUCUCUGGGAACUACGAUGUUCAUUUUGAAAAACACAAAACCCUCGAAGUGCGUCACAUUUAGCAAGAACUAACAAAGAUCCAGCCUUGAAACAGAGCUUUGGAAAUGAAAGCAUCCCUUCGAGUGUCUUUUCAGCCGCCGGGCUACUUUUAACUGAAACUGAAGAGAGAAUUUGCAAAGUGAAUGAGUGCUGCUUCAUAAACUGUUUUAAUCUACAUGAGCUGCUUUGUGGGGGUGUUCUCAGGGAAGCUUUGCUUGUUGAAACUAGGAAAAUGGGAUUGGAACUUACAACUUGGGAUAAAUUGCACUGCAAUGAUGAUAUGUGGGGGAUGGUUUAAUACUUUUUGUAGAAUGAAUAUUUGUCUUAUUAACUCAGUGCUUUUUUGAUAUAACCAGAAGUAUUUUGGUUUUGUUUCUAGUUCUCAUUCAUUCGUUCUGAUCUUGAAAUUUGCUUGAAGAUGAAGACGCUGGCUGUCUUGAAUCUGAAUAAAUAAAAAACAAAAGCCUCAAACAGA